UAUGGCCGUUCAGGGUGAAAACAAUCAAGCUAUAUCCAAAACUGAUAAAAAUUCUGGCACUGUUGAGGGCUUAAAGGAGUUUCUGAACACAGAAUUUUCCUGUUGUAUGGUUUGUGAGGGGUACUACAGUCACAAUUUUGGACAACCUGUCUGUAGCACAUGUCAUCUUUUUCUAUUCUCAUCAGACAUUGACAUUGAGGAUGGGCAACAGGAGGUGUAUGCUGAGGUGAAGGAUGAUUCAGAUGCUGACUCUGGUAAUGAAGAACCCGGGGUUGAAAGUGAUUUCUACACACCUGAAGCCAAACGUCCAACCCUAAGAGUAAAGCCUAUACCCCACAAACAAGACAAAUUGGCAGAGAGAAUUUCUCUCCUGACAGUUAGCACUAAACAAGAUCAUGUUCCAGAGGGAUUAGUGGACUCCAUACCUCCAGAGGUUUUACUAGUCGUGUUUAAAUACCUGGAUGAUAUAUCUCUAUGGACAGCAGGCAGAGUCUGUACAAGAUGGAGGCAAAUCUUGGAUGGGGAAACAACAGAUGCACAGUGGAAGGAAUUCUGUAAACUGAGAUGGCCUUUGUUUUAUCCCCAGUACAGAGUUAAAAAGUGGAAAAUAAUUUAUACAAAAUUGUUAGAAAGUUCUCCUUGCAAGUACUGUCUAGAAAGCAUGAUGCUACAGAGCACCCCACCCAUUGAGGAAAAUUCAUGGAGACACAGAAGAUUACGAAGUGAACUAAAGACCCUGAAGUCUGACCCUCCAGAGGGUAUUAAGGCCACACCCCUGGAUAGACACUGUUGUCACUGGCAAGCCUCUAUCACCGGCCCUCAGGGCAGUCCUUAUGAAGGGGGGUUAUUUCUUCUUUAUUUACAAAUACCACAAAGUUAUCCUAUGAGGCCUCCAAAAGUGAGAUUCAUCACCAAAAUAUUUCACCCCAAUAUAAGUAGACAUGGGGAUGUGGGAUUAGACUCAAUACAUCAUAACUGGAGCUUAGCUCUGACAAUAUCUAAGGUUCUGAUAAGCAUCCAGUCACUAUUGACAGAUCCGUACUGUUUUGUGUGUAUGGAGCCCGUGAUUGGAAAGGUUUACCAGACAGACAGAGAACAAUUCAACAGAGUGGCUAGGUUAUGGACAUGGAAAUAUGCCAUGCAUGACUUUCUGUUUCCUAUGAAUAUAGAUUUAAAUGCUGAGUGAUGACUCGUAUGUAUGUUGUAAUAAAAAAAUUCUCUUAUUGCAAUAUACAUGUACUAUAGAACAUGUAUUUUCAACUACUGUGGAAUCAUCAUUGUUCAUGGUGGACCAAUGUUCCUGGAUUUCAUGGGUCAACUUUGCCCACAAAUUAACAUCCCCACAAACAAUUAUUUUGUCAAAAUAUUUGUUCAUUGAAUCUUUUGUAUGAGAGUAUGUCCCAAUGAACCAAUAAAAUUUUCCUUGCCCAUGAACAUUGACCCCACAAAUAAAAAAAAGAUUCCAUAGUACUUUUUGUGAAAGAGCAGUAAAUUGAAAUAAUAGAAAAACAGAUUAAAACAAUUACAUGAAACUGAGAAUUUGCUCCUCUUGCACAAAGUGUGGGGACAUUAAAUCUCAUUUGUCUGUCCGACUGUCUGUUCCUCUAUCAGUAUUUUUGUCACAAAAACUUAAUCCUUGGUCAUAACUUCUGAGUAAGAAAAGAUGAGGCUUUCAUAUUUCACAUUUGCAUUACCAGAAAAAAAAAAACUUUUCCAGAUGUACUGUGAUUUUUGACCAGAUGACCUUGAAGUUUAAUCAGCUUUUUAAAAAAAAUUAACAAAGAUUGUAACUUUUGAAUGAGAGAAGAUAGGAUGUUCAAGUGCAUUGGGGACCACAAUUUUCUGAAUUUGCUUCUUUCUUAGCAUAAAAGUAAAAUGGAAAAAUAUCACUGAAAAUAUUGAUUUAGAGGAAGGCUAGGACUGAUAAGCAAGUCCUUAAUAUUCCAAUAGAACUUGAGUGUUAAGACCUAAUGUCCCUCUGUUCUAAAUUUCAUAAAAAAUUAAAAAUUCCCAACUUUGAUUUUCAUCAACAAUAAAAGCAUCAGAUUCAAAUGGAUCAAGGUUUGAGGUGUGAAGCGACUAUACUUACUUUUUUCGAAAAUUAAAUUUAUGUCUAACCAUAUUAUGAAGAAAAUUUGACACAGUAAAUAGAAAGAGCACUAAUUUAAUACCACAACAUUAAAAAAUAUAUGAGGUAUAUAUUUAGCAGGUUGUUUAUCUAGAGGAUACUCACUCCUCCAGAGCACCUGAUCUCACCUCUGAUGGUUUUGAAGGUCCGCGUUUCUAUGCUCCCGAUAGAAAUGCAUGUAUUUUAAUUUAUAACAGGAAAAUAAACCAGGUGCAAAAUCUUUAAUUUAAAAAACUAUAAAUAACAAUCAAAUUUAAUAGCAAAAGAAAAUACACGAUAAUAUUAACAGCAUUUAAUCUAGUAAGUGGGUAAAUAACACCUGAUAGAACAAUUUUUUGGAUUUAUUUACUUCUGCAGUUAUCUCUCUUAUCAGAGGGACAUUAGACCUUAACAACAAUUUUAAUCACUUCUGUAUUUUCAGCUUCAGCGAAACUUUGAAUUAUUUAAUAUUCAAUGAAGGAAAUGAAGUUUUGGUCUGUUAUGGAUAUGAUUUUGUUGUAAAUAUAAUUGCAAUUUUCUUGCAAUUAGACUCGUAAGAGUUUUGACAUUUUAAUUUUUAUUCGAAAAGAAGUUUUAGCUAGGAAUUAAAUAUACGUAACGCAAGACCAGUAUGUUGUUGGGUACAUAUGUUUAAUGUUGCUUACCAGAUGAGAUUAAAAGCUGUUGUUACUUUU